AUGCACAAGAAAUUCUUCCAGAGCUGGGAGUUGAAGACCUCACGGUUCGGGGCCCCUGCCAGUCGUUCCCACUUCACCCUCAUGACACAUUUGGGUUUGCCAGGUCUAUCCAGCAGCCUUCCCUACCACCUGAUCCAACUCCCCCCGGGUGUGGACGGACAGGGACAGGCUGCGUGUGGACUCGUGUACAUUAGGGAAACACCCAGAACACCAUCUGAGGGUGAGCUCAAGGAGAAGAGUCGCUUGAUGAUGGCGAUCAGUGUAACAAAGCAGAAAGAUGCUGCUGCAUUUGAAUUAGUGAGGAUGCUGACGCUGGAUUUGUCCUUACUGGAUGCCAUGAUGCCCACUUCUCCUCUCCUCACACUGCUCUUGGAGCAGAUCACCAGUGGCAGGCCAAAGGAUCUGUCAAGUGUGGAGAUGAAAGAAGUCUCCAGUGCCAGAGUGGUGCUGGGUGUGCCGACAACAUACGGCCAGAUGGAGAUGAAAAGGGUUGUUGGAAACAAUGCCACACUGCCCUGCCACCAUCAAUUCUUGGUGGGUGAUGAUCCCACUCUGGACAUUGAAUGGCUGCUUCUCAAGCCAACCAACAGACAGAGAGUGGUGAUCACCUACUUUGCUGGACGGGUUUUUGACCCAGAUGAAGCAGAGCAUGGCCGAGUAGCCUUUGCUGGAGACUAUUUAAAAGGCGAUGCCUCUCUGCUGAUCAGUGACUUGUCUCUGACAGACUCAGGAGAGUACAGCUGCAAGGUCAAAACUGGUGUACAAUACCACUGGAGCACAAUCAGCCUCAUAGUGCUGGUGAAGCCAUCCAAGCCACAGUGCUGGUUGGAGGGCAAACUUCUGGAGGGAGGUGAUGUUAAGAUGAGCUGCAAGUCUGCGGAUGGCUCUGAUCCUAUUCACUACAAGUGGGAGAGGGUACUGGACAAAGUCAAGUAUGUUGGCAAGCUGCCUCCAUUGGCCAUGAUAGACUUGAAAAACCCAGAAAUUGUGACAUUGAGGAACUUGACAAAGGACAGCACUGGAGUCUACAAAUGCACAGCCAGCAACGAUGUAGGAGAAGAAAGCUGCACGGUGGAGGUUAAGAUGCACUAUGUAAGGGGAAUGGGUGUAGCAGCAGGGGCAGUGGUUGGUGUGUCCUUUGGUGUCCUCAUCAUCAUCCUCAUCAUCUGGCUGGUGUGUCACAAAAAGGAGAUGAAGAAAUAUGAAGAAGAAGACACUCCAAAUGAAAUCAGGGAGGAUGCAGAGGCUCCCAAAGCCAAACUGGUAAAGCCCAACUCCAUCUCCUCAUCCCGCUCUGGCAGCUCUCGCUCAGACACCUCCUCCACUCAGUCCAUGGUACACAACAUGGGGCCUCGAGGCCAACAAGGCUGUGUUCCUGCUGUGGUGGCCCUCAAAGAAAACUGCCAAGCCUCCACUUUCCCUCAGUCUCCACCUGGCUACAAUCAGACAGUUCCUAAGACUCCUGAUCCCCGUUCAACACCUAUUUGUACCUCCAACUCCAAGCCCUGCCCUCCCCCUAAACUGAGUCCUGGGAACCUUACCCGCAUGGGGGCCACUCCUGUUAUGAUCCCUGCCCAAACCAAGGCCUUCCAGACUGUGUAG